GCCUAUGACAGCGAGGUUUGUGGCUGAGGGAAGGAAAUUAGGGUAACAGCAUCCUUUGAAAGAAAUCUGGGAAACAAAUAGGACACUUAAGAAACCAUGUGCAAAUAGCAGGAUUUUCACUUAUAGCCAGUUCCUUGAUCACAUUUCCCUGUAUCUGAAUCUGAUAAAGAAUAGGCAAAUGCUGAUUAUGCAAAUGGAGGCAGGGUGUCAUGGAGCUGGGAGUGAUUUGCAUACUGAGAGAGCUGGCAGGAAUCUUUUUUUUCAAAUCCCAGUGGACUGGGGGUGUUUGCUGCCGACUGGGAUUUGGUAUGAAUCUAACGAGAGGCGUUCUGGGGUCUUUGCUUACAACAGGUUGGUUUGGCCAGAGAAUUUGUUCUCCCCCUGUGCACGUGUCUCAGUGCUCUGGAGUAGGAGCUAAAUCUGAGCAGACUCCCCGGAGAAGAUGUCUCUCACCUUCAUCUUCAUGAUCAUCUUUUGCCUGGAGUCACUGGCUUCAAUGUUGCAGAAUGGCUUCAUGGUCACCAUGCUGGGCAGGGAGUGGGUGAGGUGCCGGGCACUGCCCACAGGAGAAAUGAUCGUGGCCUGCCUGGCUGCGUCCCGGUUCUGCGUACAUAUGAUUGCCACUCUGAACAACUUCCUGAGUUCCUUCAAUUUUUCUCAUGUGUUUAUACUUUGCAACGUUUUCUGGAAUUUCUUCAACAGUCUUACUUUCUGGCUCACUGCCUGCCUUGCCCUCCUCUACUGUGUGAAGAUCUCAUCCUUCUCCCACCCCAUUUUCUUCUGGCUCAAGUGGAGGGUUUCUCGAUCAGGGUCCAGGAUGCUGCUGGGUUCUCUGAUCAUAUGUGUGCUGUCAUUCAUCUCAUCACUUUUUGGGAGUGUGAUUACUGUUCAGCUGAUGGUCUCUCAGAGUUUCUAUGGAAACAACACCCCGGCUUAUGGGUCGCAUACCUUCUUUUUAAAAUAUUUUAUUUUCCACGAAGCCUUUUUCUUGUCGAUUCCAUUCCUGUUGUUCCUGGUGUGCACCAUCUUUCUCAUGUACUCACUGUGCCGGCAUUUGAGACAGAUGAAGGGUCACAGGCCUGGCCCUCGGGAUCCCAGCACCCAGGUUCACAUCAUGGCUCUGAAAUCGCUUGCCUGCUCCCUCAUCUUCCACAUGUCAUAUUACCUUUUCCUGAUUAUCGACUCUGUAAAAGCCACAAGAUUCUAUGGUCAUUGGCCUUGGGCCUGGGAGGUGACUGUUUAUGCCGGCCUCUUUCUGCAGUCCACCAUCCUGAUGCUGAGCAGCCCCAAGCUGAGAAAGGCCCUGAAGAAAAGGAUUCAGGACAUAGGCCACUGCCGGUCAUAGGGCUUUGAACUACUCAGACAAAGGAAGGUUCUUCUCCCAGCCUAUCACGAUCAGUGAUGAGCAUUGAGAUGAAUAGUCUCAUGAGCAGCCAAGGAUGUUUAAGGUUUGGGUAUUGUCUCUCUCCUUUCAUUUUCUUCCUUCUUACUCACCUCUUCCAUGUCCCAUUGAUUCUUUUUUCCAUCUCUAUGUAUUUCUGCCAUCCCCUCCACUGCUUCAAGGGCUUAGUCUGCAUCUCAAAACAGCUUGUCUUAGCUAAGUGACUACAUUUCCACUCCGAUUUCUCUGUAUUUCCACACAAGCAACCCCAAUCAUAGUCUUCAAGCAUUCUUUUGACCCGUACCCCCUUUAUAAAGCUUUACAAUCAUCAUCAGCUUUCUCUGUGAGCCAACUGAGGUUUUUGUUAGUGCUGUGGAUUGUCUAACUCAUCUCCUUUGUGACAUCAACUGCCCUCCUCAUCUACUCUGUGCUUUCAGCUCAGUCUCUCUACACCAAUCCAGGGCGGCUUCCAUCUUCCCUUCUUCCAUCUCUUCCAUCUGUCAUUCUUUGGACUGCUGGAACUUCCCUCUUUGCUGUCUCUGCCAACCACUGCCAAUUGUUACCAAUCCUCAUCUUUUGUGCCCUGAAUUGAGAUUGACUUUAUCCAUGG